AUGAUGCCAGAAUGUGAUUUGGAUGACAACGAUCCACUCUCAGCAUACUUAAAACGUGCACCAAUGAUGGGAGGAAAGAAAAAUACAAAAAAUAAACCAGUUUCAGCUUGUAUCUGUUGUCUUGGCGUGCCAUUACACGAUAGAAAUUUUGAUUCGAUUAGUGUUGGACGGGGGCGUCAUCAAGAAAAAAUAAAUCACAAUGAAAUUGAUAAGUUGGAUACGACAGAAUCAUUUCUGUUGAACAGCAAAUUCGAUAAGUUUAUAGCAUUUUACGCUUUAACAGACCAAUCAAUUGAAAUCAUGCUGCUUUUCUCAAUUUUUGCUGAUUUAAGCUCAUUUCAUGGAUUAGCUGAUUCGCCAUGCCUUUUCAUUCGUGAACUCUUGUCUGUGCUUGAUAAAUAA